AUGGUCUAUUCUUCCUGUCUUUGUAGGGGCCCAGAGGACACAUGUUUUGAGUGUGGGGUAUUCCAAGCAAUCCUCAGCUUUCCUCUAGACUAUCCCCUAAGUCCUCCAAAAAUGAGGUUUACCUGUGAAAUGUUUCAUCCAAACAUAUACCCAGAUGGAAGAGUGUGCAUCUCUAUUCUACAUGCUCCAGGAGAUGACCCAAUGGGUUAUGAGAGCAGUGCUGAGAGGUGGAGUCCAGUACAAAGUGUGGAGAAAAUUCUGCUGUCUGUUGUCAGCAUGCUAGCAGAACCUAAUGAUGAAAGCGGAGCUAAUGUAGAUGCCUCAAAGAUGUGGCGAGAAGACCGUGAGCAGUUUAAUCGGAUUGCCCGGCAGACGGUUCAAAAAUCUUUGGGAUUGUGA